AUGGAUCCUAUAGAGCCGGCUGGCCGCUCUCAGGACGACCUUCCUCAGCCCCAGCGGCCGUCCUUUCUCGUCCCUCCCGCCCAAGAUACGACGUCAUCACAUCCCCGACAGCGCUCCUCAUCCUUGCGCUCGUCGCGCCGGCCUACAAUUCGACUCCAACGUCCACCUUCCUUUGACCAGUAUACCGCACAAACCCAACGACGGCAAAUUGCAACUAACCAAAGCACAAAUAAUCUCAAUCCAGAUGUUUUCCGUACUUCCUAUGUCGCAACCACCCUCCCACCGGCGAAAGAAGACGAUGAGGCGUGGGAAGGGAACCGUCGCCGAAGCAAUUCCGAACCCCGACCGGGACGUUGGUCUGCGCCUGUCCCAGUCGCACUGACCCAAAUCCAGUCUGGAGAGCCAAUGCAUACCUUGAUGGAGGAGUCUCCUGGUCAAAACCCGGGGGGUUCCCGCCGGCCAUUUUCGGAGCAGUUCAGGCCAGCGCCAUCUCCGGUGCAACCGAGAGAUAAUCGGAACAUUUUACGUAGGACGAGUGUGGCAGCCCUGAGCCGAUUAUCGAGAAAUCGAGCGAUAACCGUUACCGGCACUUCGCCUGUCCCUGGUAUGGAUGGCCAGGAAUAUGACCCUCAUAUCGUUGAUGUUCUCGAUGUUAUUGACCCCGAAGUAUCUGCUCUCUCAACCCUAACUAAUGUCCAGAAUUCCUUAUUCAUCCCAAACCUGGGGUCCUUUCUCAAUCGCAGUCAGACGUACACCCUCUCACCUCCCCCGGAACUUGAUUCUCGCGAGGAAACAACUACGACAGAUGAAGGCGAAGGUGACGAACUAAAAGUCCCUGAACCUCGCCCAGCUCUGGAGCGUCCGCUUACUAGCAUCUCGUCUGUACUGGAAGAAGGAGAAACUCGGUUCGCCGUGCUUCCAGAAGGAAUCACUCUUGAUGGUUGGUCUCAGCAAGAUAUCGAGCAGCUGAAUGACCAUGUGAGGCACAUGCUGCACUCUCGUCGUUCGAAGUUCAAACGGGCAAUGAAAGGGUUUGGUAAAUAUGUGUCAAAACCUCUUGGAUUUCUUGUGACCCUAUAUGCAACCUUGAUUACACUUUUUGGGCUUGCUUGGGUACUUUUCCUCAUUGGCUGGAUCAACAUCGGAGGUCGGCAAUUAUACGUGAUCAACGUGAUUGACAACGUUUUGGUGGCUCUUUUUGCAAUCAUGGGUGACGGGCUGGCCCCGUUCCGCGCAGUCGACACAUAUCACAUGAUAUUCGUCGCCCAUUACACCUUUUUAACAUGGAAGAUACGCCGGAAGCGCCGUCUCCCGGAUUUAAAAGACAAGAACGACCUUCCCUUGCGAAGUGAGGUGGAUGCCGAUCCCGAAGCUGGGGAUAUCUCCAAAGAGGAUGAGCCGGAAUUCAGUGUACUGAACCCUCUCCAGCAGCAAAAACUCAUGCAUCAUCAAACCAAGCUUGCCAAGUCGCAUACUUUUUACAAGCCGCACGAAACCGUGACGCAUCGUGCCUUUCCAUUGCGUAUGCUUGUUGCCAUUGUCGUUCUACUCGACUGCCAUUCCUUGUUUCAGAUUGCCCUCGGUACCUGCACCUGGGCCAUCAGCUACCAUGUUCGUCCGUUCGCUUUGACUACCGUUAUCCUCUGCUUUUCAAUCACCUGCAAUAUAUCGGGAGGCGUUCUGAUCACUCUCGGCGAUCGAAGGACUCGCAAGAAGGAUGUGGUCGAGCGAAUGUUCCGACAAAAAUUGACCAAGGAAGCGAUGAAGAAGAUAGAAAAGAAAAAGAAGAAGAAGAAGAAGAAGCAGGAAGACGAGAGGCUACGUGGAUCACAGUCUGAUUCCACAUCUACCUUCCCACAUGUGCAGGACGAUGGCACUUGA